AUGGCGACAAGUUUUAAGAAGAAGUCAGGACGAGGAAGAGCUGUUUUAAUACCUGGAACUAAACCUUCUUUACAUAAUAACCAGCUUCUCGUAUCUACUGGGAUACCUUCUAUGGAUGCUGUGUUAGGUGGAGGGGUUGCAGUUGGAACUGUUGUUUUAAUAGAGGAAGACAACUAUGGUUCAUAUGCCAGGCAGGUCUUGAAGUAUUUCCUGGCAGAAGGUGUGGUGUCUGGUCAUGGACUUUUCCUGGCAUCAGCUGAUAGUGACCCUCAAAAUAUUCUUAAGGAUUUACCUCAUCCCAUAGAUGAUGAGCCAGGUCAGGAUACAGCACCAGAUAAGACAAGCAAAGAUGAUCAGAUGAAAAUUGCCUGGAGAUACCAGCAUAAGAAUAAAAUACAGACCAAUCCUAGUUCUCAAAACAGACUUGGUCAUUACUAUGAUCUUAGUAGAGUGAUGGAUGAAAAGAGACUAGAAAAAAUACAAGUAAAGACAUUUGAUGUGUCACAGCAAGUUAUGGAUAAUACASAUUCAAGGUUUGAACUAGUCACAAAACUCAGUUUAGUACCAAAGGACCUUGUAGCUCAGCUGGUUCUUCACCUUCCACCGGAUCUCUCUGAUACAGCAAGUAGAACACAAGAAGAUGCCAUCAAACAAAAACCAGGCUCGUUACCUUGUCAAAGUGGAACCAGUAAACUUGACUUUUAG